AAGAUCUGUCGUCCUCUCGUUAGGGUUUUCUCCGUUCCAGCCCUCGACCCCUUUACUUUCGCCUCCAAAUCAUCCAAGCGAAGAGGGCCAUCGCGAGAUCUCUAUCGCUGUUCUUCUUCCUGGAUCUGCGUGAUUUUCGUUCCCUAUUCGAAGAUGAUGCAGCCGGGCGGCGGAAUGGUGCAACAACCUCCGAUGGCGCCGCCACCGAUGGACCACCAGCAACAGCAGCAGCAACCGCAGCAGUGGCCCGUGAUGCCACUCAUGCCACCUCUGCCUCAGCCGCAGUACUACCAGGCCGGCCCGCCUCCGCCGAUGUGGAACCAACAGAGCUCUCAGGUUCCGGCGCCUGUCCCUCAGCCUCCGCCGCAGUACCAGCAUCCUGCGCCGCCCGUGAUGCCACCCCAGAUGCAGUACCAGGUUUCUGCGCCUAACCCUGCACCAGCCAUGGCAGCGCAGCAAGGAUCGUCUGAUGAGAUCCGCACGCUUUGGAUCGGCGACUUGCAGUACUGGAUGGAUGAGAGCUAUAUUUACAGCUGCUUUGUACAUACGGGAGAGGUUGUUUCAGUUAAACUUAUUCGCAACAAACAAACUGGGCAGUCAGAGGGUUAUGGUUUUAUUGAGUUUGUAUCUCAAAUGGCUGCAGAACGAAUUCUUCAAACUUAUAAUGGUCAAACAAUGCCUAAUUCUGAACAAGCUUUCAGAUUGAAUUGGGCUUCAUGUGGAGCAGGAGAGAGGCGUGGAGAUGGUGCUGAUUAUACAGUUUUUGUUGGUGAUUUGGCUGCAGAUGUCACUGAUUAUAUGUUGCAAGAGAUAUUUAAGAGCCGCUACUCCUCAGUUAAGGGUGCCAAAAUUGUCACUGAUCGACUUACUGGGCGUUCCAAAGGCUAUGGCUUUGUUAAAUUUGCUGAUCUUAAUGAACAAACAAAAGCAUUGACUGAGAUGAAUGGAGUUUAUUGUUCGACAAGGCCCAUGCGAGUUGGUACUGCUGCUAACAAGAGGGCAUUGGGUAGUCAACAGCAAUAUCCCUCAAAUGUUUCCUACCAGAGUGGACAGAAUGCAGAGUCUGAGAAUGAUCCAAACAAUACUACCAUUUUUGUAGGUGGGCUUGAUUCUAAUGUUACAGAUGAUAUUUUGCGACAAGUUUUUGGCCAAUAUGGGGAAAUAGUUUAUGUAAAAAUACCCGUAGGGAAGCGAUGUGGGUUUGUUCAAUUUUCUAACAGGUUAGCACAUAAUGUACGAGUACCUGAACAUUGUUACUCGUACCUGAUUAUAUUUCUUCCUUUUAUGUUGUCUCUCAGGUCAAGUGCUGAGUCUGCAUUAAGUUCACUAAAUGGAACCCAGUUAGGUGGACAAAAUAUCAGAUUGUCAUGGGGUCGCAGUCCUACCAAUAAACAGCAGCAGCAGCAGGAACCCAACCAGUGGAAUGGAAGCUACUAUGGAUAUACCCAAAACUACGACAACUAUGGUUAUGCUGCCACUCCACAAGAUCCUAACGCAUAUUCAUAUGGAGCAUAUCAAGGAUAUGGGAACUAUCAGCAGCAGCAGCAAUAACUGCUGGCACAGCAACUGCCUCAGUGAUCUGGGGAGCUCAUUGUGGCUCGGCUUGUAAUUUCCACAAGGAAAAACUCGUUACUUUCUGGUUCCUGCUCGCCUCCCCCUUUAAAUCCUUUUACAAUACGUUGAUGUGCGAACUUUGUAGUAGCUACCAAGUCAAUGGGCGAUUGGUGAUUACUCUACUUUAUUGCCUUGGAAUUUUAUCUUUCUAUUGUGGGAUUGUGGUUGUAUGCCAUGUUUUUAAUUACUCAAACUUUCGGUCUUGAUGAUUGUUA